CAUAAACAGCUACCACAGAAAUUCCUCUUUUGCAAGAGAAAAAUUUCCUUCCGUCAGUCACCACAAUGUGACUCAUCAUGUCUGGACAAGUGCUCUGUUUAAGGAGAGUUUGUCACUGAAGAUAUUGAAGAGCUACAGCUCAGCACUGGAUCAAGGCACUGCAGAGAGCUAGAGAUGAAGAGUGAGGAUGGGAAAGAAGUGUGACGAGCUGGCGAUGGAGGAUGAAGAAGGCUACACCGCUUUAAAUUUACGACCCUCAACUUCAGUUAUCACUCCUGGAUAUUUGAGCAGCAAGAAAUGUUCUGCAAUUAAGGUUCCAGGCAGUUGUGUUUUAGUAGACAAAACCUCUGCCUCAUCUUCCAUAUGGCGGCCAGUGGCCUUUGUUUUCCUCACUUUGAGCCUGCUGCUGCUUCUAGGGCUGGUAGCCCUACUGGCCCUGUUUUUUCAGGUUUCCAAGGAUCCUGAAGAAGGAAAGAAGCUUCAGGAAAUGAGGGAAGCAUUAUGUUUUGAAGGGAAGGAGAAGAAUGAAACAAAAUGUGCCCUUUGUCCAGCAAGCUGGCGAAACAGUGGAGCUGACAACUGCUUCUACAUUUCAAAGCAGAAGAAAACAUGGAAGCAAAGUCAAGAGUUCUGUUCCUCAAGAAACUCCACUCUUCUUGUGCUAAAAGACAAAGCAAAGAUGGUUUCUCUGCCACAGGAUUCACAGUUUUACUGGGUCGGAUUAUCAUACAUAUCUGAAAGGAGUGGCUGGUACUGGGAGGAUGGAACAGCUUUUUCCAAAGAAGCAACAAAUUGGGUUUUGUUAUAUGACAGCAUCUUCUGUGCCUCCUUAUAUGGACGGAUCAUUUAUGCCAGCCACUCCUGUUCAACACAGCAAUUCUGGAUCUGUGAGAAAGUGGCUGUUCAUUUCACUUGAAGAAGCAGUGCAAGAAGGAAUGUGGGAUCCGCCACUGUGAGAUACCCACUUUAAGAACUGGAAGUUUUAUAUAUAUUUUCAUGUUUGUUUAUCAUGCAGUUUUCUAAGAAUGGUGAUUCAAAUGGAUGUGUUAUUAGAGACUAAGUCUUCCUCGUUGUCUACAUUUUCUCUCCCAGGUUUACAAACUGGAGAGAAAAAAGAAAAACAACCUACAAAGCUAGAAACUAUGAGCUAGAGUCAAGCAAUGAUUCUUGUGUGGCUAAGUUGACAACCACAAAGUCUUGCAGAGCUUUAUAUUUUUGAGCUUCAGUCAGCAUUUUACACUAACACCUGCCAGGCAUAAACCAAACCAACCACAUCCUUGAUGAUUUUUCUCACUGACUUUCUUAAUGUACUCACUAACUACCGUCCACACAUAAUCCUCCUCUAGAGCAGUUUGCCCAGACAUGCCUUCUUUCCUAAAUCUGUUCUGCCAGCUGUUACCCUGUUUGGGUUACAGGGAUACAGAAAGAACCCAAAGCUCUAUUUAUGCAUAAAGAUAUAUUCAUAUAUUCAUUAAUAUUUAUGAAAUUUAAAGAACA